ACGACGGCCCGGCUGGGGGGGCGGGCCCAGGUGAUGGCGGAAGCGGAGGCAAAGAUGAAGCAGUUCAAUGGCGGCGGCGGGGCUGGGCUGGACGCGGAGCGCGGCCGCUUCCCGUACUGCGUGGUGUGGACGCCCAUCCCCGUGCUGACGUGGCUCUUCCCCAUCAUUGGCCAUAUGGGCAUCUGCACGUCGACGGGAGUCAUUCGGGACUUUGCGGGGCCGUAUUUUGUCUCAGAAGACAACAUGGCGUUUGGGAAGCCAGUGAAGUACUGGAAGCUGGAUCCUGGCAAAGUUUACUCCAGCAGCCCCAAUGCGUGGGACACGGCUGUGCACGACGCCUCGGAGGAGUACAAGCACCGAAUGCACAACCUUUGCUGUGAUAACUGCCAUUCUCACGUGGCUCUGGCCUUAAACUUGAUGAGAUACGACAACAGCACCUCCUGGAACAUGGUCAAACUCUGCUUCUUCUCGCUCCUCUAUGGGAAGUACGUAAGCAUAGGGGGAUUUGUGAAGACCUGGCUUCCCUUUGUCCUCUUCCUGGGCGCCAUCCUGACGGUCGUUCUGACGCUUCACCUGCGGUGAUGACAGCUGUGAGCUCCCAUCCCGUGGGCACACGAAGGAGGGAACUGCGAUGCUCGGCUCAGUGAGGCUGGCACAGCACUGCCCUGGGAAGGCUGCAGUCCCACUCCGCUGUCACAGCUCAUCCUCGUUGCCUGGAACUGCCUCCUUACCCUCCUGUUUCUGUUCUGUCUCUGCUGUGUCUCAGUGCCGGGCUCCUGAAGCCUCCUGACUUCUCUUUGAAUUUGGUCCCUCUGCAGUUUGGCAGUUGGGAAAGGAGAGGUGUGGGCACCUUUGCUUUCAGCCCAGGCAGAGCCUCAAGGCAAACCCCGCCUGCUGGUUCAGGAACGCCAGUGGUUUCACCUCCUCCCAUCCCCUCUUCCUUCCUCCUGCUGCACUUCAUCAGAUGCUUCCUUAGAUUUCCAGCCUCCGAGGAGGGGCUGCGUCCCUCUUGCACGACUCUCCCUUAGCACAAGGUUUGGAGAGGAGGUUUGGGGCUCCUGCUGGGGGUGUGCAUUGCCACAGCACGUGCUGCCAGUCCCCAGCAGUGAUAGAAAGGUGUUGGUGGCUCAGCACCCUGAGCAGGAUCGCUGUGUGGCAGAGCAGAUCCAUCUGGUCCUGCUGGUGAGCCCAGAAAAGCAGGAAAGUAGAUGGACCGGCUUGGGUACGGCUCGUAGCAGCCUGCACGCUUUCAGCAGCACGUUGCAGAGCUGGGAGCCUGCUGCCAAAUCCCUUUUAGCUUCUGCCAGAGAAAAUACAGCUUCCCUGCUUCUCCUGGUGCUCUGAGUGCCUGAAGUUGUCACUGAGCUUCUCAUGAGCUCCUUCACUUUCCUUUGAGCCUCCAUGCUUUGCAUGUCACCAAAUCCCUGCCUGCAGAGGUGGCAGCGGGUGGGUGCUGCUGGGCCAGAAGGCUUCGUGUAGGGCUGUGAUGGCAUCCAUGCCUCCAGAGCAGCACCUGAGCCCUGAGCUGGAGAUGUAAGGGGAGGCAGAGGGCCUGGCAGGCAGACGUGCUCUUGGGCUUUGCAGCAGCAAGCAGGGCACUGGUUUUCCUCUGGGAGCAGAGGGCUCUCAGCGGUGCGUUUUGCACAGCAGCUUGGGGUAAAAGCGCUUCACAGGAGUGGCUUGGGUGUGAGGAAUGCUGUUCUGACAGUGCUGGGAUCUGAUGGCCCUCCUGUGCCCCGGCUCAGGCAGUGCUGGGGGAUGGGAGCGCUGAGCUGAGGGGGUUUGGGUGUGGGAUCUCUGAGGCGCUGGCCUGCAGGUGCUGCUUUCUGUGGGGCCGGCAGCCAGGCUGCUUUCUGCAGGUGUUGCUGGAGGUGAUGUGCCAUCAUCAGAUCCCUCUGAUGGCAGAGGGAGGUUUGCUUUUCCCCACGUGUCUCAUCAGCCAGCUCUGUACUCCAUUGCGUGCUGCAUUUCAGUCUCAAGUGCCCGUGGCUCUUCUUGUCUGCACGCCACCCCUGUGUCACCCUGACGUUAAAGCCCCCUCCAGGUCCCUGCUGGCUCCUUCUGUGCCUCCCCCCUGCUUCCUCCUCUUUGCUCCCCAGCUGCACAGGGUCUCCCCUUGGCCGUCUCUGUAUUUCCUCCUCUGCCAUGGUCCUGUUUCAACGUCUCCUCGCUCCCCUCCCUUCUCCAUGUCCCCCAGCUGUCUGUGUCACCUCCUGCUGGCGCUGUGCAGACCUCAGCACCCACCCCCAUGUCCCCCCACCCAGAAGUGAUGCUGUCUCUGUGCUCUGUCACCUCCUGCCCAGUGCAGAGCGGGCUGCAGGGCCGAGAUCUCCAUCAGAGAGAACCUGAGGAGGGAAGCGUGGAGCCUUGCUGAGCUGCCCUGCCUGGCUUUGGGCCGAUGUGCCCCAGGUGGAUGGGAGAGAUGAGUGCCAGCGUGCCCCAAUUCUGAAUGGAAGUCUGAGACCCUCCAAGGACGCGCCAGGAGCCGUGGGCUGAAGCCAACCAACCCAUCUGAUGCAGUAGCAAUAACAGAGACUCACAGGGCCGCGUCCCCGUGCGUUAGAGAUAAGCUGUACGAGCAUUGCCAAAGCUGAGGAGCUGCUGGGGGAGGCUGGGAUCCCCGCUCUGGGAUCCUUGACAACGUCCAGUGCCAUUCCCAGUGCUUUUGUACCAAAUCUGAGUUUUGAACAGAGACUUUUCUCCUGCAGCAGCAGCAGAGCCCUGCGCUCUGUUGGGCUGAGAUGAAGCAGAGAUCCCACAGAGCUGCCCCAGCCCUCACCGAGCACACAGAGCCACCUUUGCCCAUGGAGGGGAAGGGACAGAACGGGGCCUGCAGGCUGGGAUGUGGGCACGGUGCUGGACUCACAUUUCCUGCUUUAGCACAUUGCUGGUGUGACAUAAAGCCGUGUGAGUGCAGGCGGACCCACUGCUGUGUCCCCAGGGCUGGGAGGUGACAGACAAGGGCUGUGCAUCCCUCACCGUGCCCCAUCUCCCUGCCUGCUCUUCGUCCCUCAGCCACAAAGGUUGGCUCUGUCCCUUUCCUUCCAGUUUUCCUCUCCCCCCCGCUGCUGCUCUUCGGCGGGGGCCAUCCUUCCAUCUCCCCUUCCUUUGUUCCCUUGAUCUCUGUGGGGCGCUGGAUUACUUUGUAAAUAUUUAAACUCUGCUUCUGUGGUUUCAUAAUCCUGAUGGUAGGGGAAAUAAACUUCUGUGGAUGUCUC